AUGUUCGUGAAUGCGAACAGAUUCUUGUGUGGCGUGACACAGACAUCCCUCCCUGCAACCGUUCUUGUGAAGAGGCAAGUGCGCGCAGCACCACCAGCGUCAGCGGCGCCCGGGGGGGGCAGAGGCGCGCCUAGUCCCGCGGGAGCAGGAGGUCGGGGAGGAAGGGGCGCGCCGCCAGGGGGAAGAGGUGGGCCCGUUCCCGCAGGAGCACCAGGGGGAGCGGGAGCCCCUGGCGCAGGCGGAGGGCGUGGGCGCGGGGGGCGCGGGCGGGGAGGACGCGGAGAGCAGGCGCAAGGAGCGGGGGGUGUUGGGGGCAUCACCGCAGGCAUGGCGCAGAUGGGUGUGUCCGCGCCACCCGCGGAUUUCCCCGCCCUCGCACCUGCGCGCGCCCCCGCCCCCGCACCCGCGCGUGGCCCUGCUCCUACCCCCGCACCCGUUGCCCCUACUCCCGCGCCUAUGCCCGCUGCUGCUCCGCGCGCGCCGGCACCUGCUGCGUUUGCGCCUGCCCCCGUACCGGCCGCGCCCGCGCCCGUAGCGGGUGCGCCGGCGGCGGGCGUGGCGGUGACGAUGGCGGGCCCCGCGGGCGUGUCGAGCAGGGCGCUGGUGGCGGCCGCGCGGCCCGAUUUCGGCAAGCUGGGGCGGCCCGUGAUGCUGCUGGCGAACCACUUCAAAAUCGACUUCCAGGACCUGGUCAUCUACCAUUACGACGUGGACUUCUCCCCCGCGCUCGCCUCCAAGGGCGUCAUGCGCGCAGCCAUCCGCCAGCUGGCGGAGACCUACAGCGCGCAGCUCGUCUCCCCCGCCCCUGGGGGCGCCCCCAGCGCCCCCGUGCGCCCCGUCUUCGACGGCAUGAAGAACAUCUUCACUGCCCGCCCGCUGCCGUUCAACAGCCAGGAGUUUCGUGUGGUGCUGCCCGAUAAAGACGAAGGGGCAGGUGGGGGGAGAGGCGGCGGAGGAGGCGGGGGGAGGGGAGGUAGUAGCAGUGGUGCUGGGCGCGGGGGCGGGAGGGGCGGGCGCGGAGGGGGGGAGCGGAGGGAGCGGGCGGUGAAGGUGACGGUGAAGCUAGCUCAGCAGUACCCCAUGUCGUCCAUGGCUUCUUUUCUGCAGGGGCGGCAGGCCGACAUUCCGCAAGUGCUGCUGCAGGCACUCGACGUGGCAUUGAGGGAGCGACUCCUCACCAGCCUCACCCCGGUGGGUCGCUCGCUCUACUCCGCCUCUCUCGGCAGCACGGCGCUGGGCGGCGGAGUAACAGCCUACCGCGGCUUCUUCCAGUCGGUGCGCUUCUCCCAGCAGGGCCUGGCGCUCAACGUCGACAUGGCUGCCACCGCUUUCCACCACGACAUGCCGCUCCUCACCUUUGCCGCUGACUUCCUGGGGCGUGGUGGGGGCGGGGGAGGCGGCGGGAGAGGCGGGGGGAGGGGUGGGUUCGGGGGGAGGGGUGGUCGGGGGCCGGGAGGGGGAGGAGGAGGCGGGUUUGCACCGAAUGCGUCGCUGAGCGAUGGGGAGAGAGUGAAGCUGAAGCGUGCGCUGCAUGGGAUCAAAGUGGGGGUCACUCACCGCGACACGCCCCGCCGCUACCGCAUCCAGGGUCUCACGCGCGAGCCAGCACACGCUCUCACCUUCACCAUAGAAGGGCAAGGGGAGACCUCCCUGGUGGCCUACUUCCGCUCCGCCUAUGGUUACACCAUCCGCCACCCCAACCUGCCCUGCGUCAUGGCGGGCGGCGGGGGGAAGAGCUAUCUGCCAAUGGAGGUGUGCCACAUCAUCGGCGGGCAGCGGUACGGGCCGAAGCUGAACGAGGAGCAGGUCAGCUCGCUGCUGCGCUUCACGUGCACGCGGCCAGACGUGAGGGCGGGGGAGAUUGGCAGCAUGGUCACUCGCAAUGACUACCCCAACGACCCCUAUGCGCGCGAGUUCGGCAUGCGGGUGCACCCCGAGAUGACGCGUCUGCAGGGCCGCCUGCUGGACCCGCCCCGCCUCGUGUACAAGGACAAGAAGGACGUGGUGCCAAGAUUCGGAGCGUGGAACAUGAUGGGCGGGCAGAGGCUGAUAGACGGGGCGCGCAUAAUGCACUGGACCAUCAUCAACUUCGCCCCGUACCUCGACGCCAUGGGCGUGCAGCGCUUCGGCCAGGCCCUCACGCAGCGCUGUGCUGAGCUGGGCGUGCAUAUGGAGCCGCUGCACCACUGCCGCCUCUCACGAGCCGCGUGGAGGCGGUGGACGCCCCCUCCUUGCCUCACCACCCCUGCCCUCUUUCCCCCCUCAUCCCUCCCCCUCCACCAUCAGAUGGAGCCGCGUCCAGUGGUGCCGCCCCUGACGGGCCGGGUGGAGUCGGUGGAGGCGGUCAUGCGCCAGCUGGCGGACGCUAGCAGCCGAGCGGUGCCGCCCGGGCAGUGGCUGCAGCUGGCGGUGGUGAUCCUGCCGGGCCGAGGCACGUUCUACAACGAGAUCAAGCUGAUCGCUGAGACACAGCUGAAUGUGGUCACGCAGUGCUGCCUUGUGAACCACGCCCAGAAGUGCCAGUCACAGUACCUGGCCAACCAGGUAUUGAAAAUCAACGUGAAGUCACAGUACCUGGCGAAUCUAGUGCUGAAGAUCAACGUGAAGCUGGGCGGGCGCAACGUGCUGCUGCAGUCAGAGAGCAUCGGCCGCCUGCCCAUGGUGGCCGAGCGCCCCACCAUUGUGUUCGGCGCUGAUGUCACUCACCCCAGCCCGGGGGAUGAUUCCUCGCCCUCCAUCGCCGCUGUCGUCGCCUCCCGGGACUGGCCGUGUGCGAACCGGUACGGGUGUCUGCUGCGCACGCAGGCGCACCGGCAGGAGAUGAUAGAGGGGCUGCACGAGGAGCGGCAAGGGGCGGACGGCAGCAUGCAGGCGGGCGGGCUGGUGAGGGAUCUGCUGAUGGAGUUCUACCAGACCGCCAAGCGCAAGCCUGAACGUAUCAUCUUCUUCCGAGAUGGUGUUAGUGAAGGCCAGUUCUACCAGGUGCUGGCGUACGAGCUGGAGGCAGUAAAAGCCGCGUGCCGGGCCAUGGACCCAUCGGGCAGCUACAGCCCGCGCAUCACCUACAUGGUGGUGCAGAAGCGGCACCACACGCGGCUGUUCCCCGCGGACAACAACCGUGACAAGAACGGCAACGUGAUGCCGGGCACGGUGGUGGACUCGGUCAUCUGCCACCCCAGGGAGUUUGACUUCUUCCUCAACUCCCACGCCUCCAUCCAGGGCACCUCUCGCCCAACACACUACCGGGUGUUGUGGGACGAGAACGGCUUCACGGCCGACAGCAUGCAGGCGCUCUGCUACUCCCUCUGCUACACCUACGCGCGCUGCACGCGCUCCGUCUCCCUCGUGCCGCCCGCCUACUAUGCUGACCUGGCGGCCACGCGCGCGCGCCUUUACCUGGAGGGCAUCUCGGGCAGCAUGCGGGGGAGCGGGUCCGAGAGUGGGUCGGCGGCCGGGCGGGCGGCAGGGGGCGGCGAGGUGGCGGGGUCGGGCGGCACGGGGAGCUCCAGUGGGUCGUCGCGGGUGGGCGGGGCACCACCUGUGGUGCCGCUGCCGGUGGUCAUGCCUGUCCCCAGGAAGGGCAUGUUCUUCUGCUGA